AUGGCGUUGGUAAUAGUAGGUACAUUUGUCGUGGCGCUGUGCUUAUGCGCUGGCGAUGCGCAAGCUCAAGCGCAGCUCCAGGUAGGGUUCUACGCGCAGUCGUGCCCGCAGGCGGAGGUGAUCGUGCGGGACGAGGUCGGUAGGGCCGUGAGCGCCAACGUCGGCCUCGCCGCCGGCCUCGUCCGGCUCCACUUUCACGACUGCUUCGUCCAGGGCUGCGACGCGUCGGUGCUGCUGGAUUCGACGGCGAACAGCACGGCGGAGAAGGACGCCAUACCGAACAAGAGCCUGAGGGGGUUCGAGGUGAUCGACGCCGCCAAGACGAGGCUGGAGGGCGCGUGCGCGGGGACCGUCUCGUGCGCCGACAUACUCGCAUUCGCCGCCAGAGACAGCGUCGUCCUGACCGGCGGUAGCCCCUACGCCGUCCCGGCCGGGCGGAGGGACGGCAACGUCUCGGCGGCGUCCGAGGCGCAGGCGAACCUGCCGCCUUUCACGGCAAGUGCGGCCCAGCUCACGGAAGCAUUCGCCAAGAAGGGGCUCUCCCAGGAAGACAUGGUCACGCUUUCAGGCGCGCACACCAUCGGGUUGUCGCACUGCAGCUCCUUCAGCGGGAGGCUGAGCGGGUACAACGCCACCACGGGCACGGGCCAGGACCCGUCCAUGAGCGCGGCCACAGCGUCGGGGCUGGCGGCGCAGUGCGGGCGGAGCCCCGACGCGGCGGUGCCCAUGGACGCCGGCAGCCCGGACGCGUUCGACACGGGGUACUUUCAUGCCGUGCUGGCCAACCAGGGCGUCCUCGCCUCCGACCAGACACUCACGUCCGACAACGUCACGGCCGCGCUCGUCGUGGAGAACGCCUACAACACAUACCUGUUCGUCACCCGGUUCGGCGAGGCCAUGGUCAGGAUGGGCGGCAUCAAGGGGCUCACCGGCGGGGACGGUCAGAUACGCAGGAUACGCACCAACUGCAGGGUCCUAAACUGA